AUGUCACGACCACAACACCUCUGUAUCCGCCCAUUGAACGUGCCGGACAUCGCCCAAGUGCUCGGCCUCGAAAUGCAGGGUUUCCCAUCGCACGAACGUGCAUCGGCGUUGCGUAUAGAGUACCGGUUGACGGUGUGUCCCGAGCUCUGCAGCGGGUUGUUUGUGAGAGAGUUUGACACGGAGGCGGUGAACGCGAAGGAGCUUCCCGACCACAGCACGAUCAAGAAGGAGACGCUUAUCGGGCAUGUGAUUGGAACGAAGAUGGUGUCGGAGGCGAUCACCGACGAGUCGAUGCUUGUGCCUUCGUCGUUUGUGCCUGGACACAUCUACCCGCUGGGCCACCAGGACUCCGGCAGGACAAUUGGCAUUCAUAGUGUCGUUGUCCACCCGGACUACCGAGGCAAGAAGCUCGCCUCUCUCUUGCUCAAGGACUACCUACAGAAAAUGAAUCAGCAGUACGUCGCCGAUAACGUUUCCCUCCUCUGUCUCGAGAAGCUCGUUGCGUUCUAUUCCGGCGUCGGCUUUGCAGACAAGGGCGUCAGCGCAUGCAAGUUUGCCGGUGAGGAGUGGCACGACAUGGCGCUGACUCUUGACCACGACGAAGACGAAGAGGAAUGA